AUGUUAAAGGAACUUAUGUUUGCUUCCAGAAGGAAAGUCCGAAAACAUUUGCCAAGAUGUUUUAAGAAAUAUAAAAAUAUACGCUGUAUAAUAGAUUGUACUGAAGUUCAUGUGCAAUCCCCAGGAAAUUUUGAAGCCCAGGGAAAUCAGUACUCUUCUUAUAAGGGAUACACUUCAUAUAAGUUUCUUGUUGCAGUUGCACCAAAUGGCGCUAUACUUUAUGUAAGCGAUGCGUUUGAAGGCAGUAUAAGUGACAAGGAGAUUGUAAAACAAUCAGAUUUUUUAGAAUUUCUUGAACUAGGUGAUGUUAUAAUGGCAGAUCGUGGGUUUCUGAUAGACGAUAUGUUAAAUGAACGUCAAGUUAAGUUGAUUAGACCACCAUUUCUUGGUUCUAGGCAUCAGUUUACGCCGCAGGAGGAAGCUUUGACAAAAGACAUUGCUAAACAUAGAAUUCAUGUCGAGCGUUCAAUUGAAAGAAUUAAAAAGUUUAAAAUUCUUCAGCGAGUUAUACCACAGGCUUUGCAGCCAGUUUUCUCACAACUAGUUUUUGUUAUAGCUUGCUUAAUACUGGUUAAACCAGUGUAUACAGAUUCUGCACUAGUACUGACUUGUUCCCCACAAGUACUUAACAACUUCCACUCUAAAAUAAAAAUAUGUGCAUAUACACCAAAGGAUGGUAACAAGUUUUCCAGGCCCCAUUUAAUCAGUGUAAAUGGAUUCUGGACCAGUAGUGACUUGUUCUCCACAAGUGCUUAA